AUGACUAACUUGGAUAACUCUAUGCAAGUAAACGCUACUGUCGCGAUUCAAGCUGUGGAAAUGAUAGGACUACCAGCUGGAACUGGGUAUGGAAGAGGGAUCGGGACCAAUUUGGAUGGUGUCCCGAUGGCACUAACCGCUUUCUUGAAAGUUAUUCCCUCAAUUUUCAAGGGAACAACAAAUCCUGCUGAAGCAGACAAUUGGUUCAAAGCUGUGGAGUGUGCACUACAAACUCAACAUAAUAUAGAUAUUCCAUGGGAACUGUUUCGGACUGCUUUCUACAAGAAGUAUUUUCCUGAAUCAAUAAGAGAGGCCAGAGAGUUAGAGCUUAUGCAGCUGAAGCAAGGUUCAAUGUCUGUGGUCGAGUAUACGAGUAAGUUCGAGAAGCUCUGUAGGUUCUCAAGGGUAUGUCAAGGAGUCCCUGAGUCAUAUGUGGGUUGGAAGUGUAUAAGGUACCAAGGAGUUCUGAGGGGAAACAUUAUGAGUGUUGUGACUCUAUUAGAGAUUCGGAGAUUCUAUGAAUUGGUGAACAAGGCAAGAAUUGUUGAAGAUUAUGCCAAGGAGACGACAUUGGUGAGAGAUGAUCAUGGCGGUACUAGUAGCAGAAGUCAUGGAAAGUAUGUUCCAUCAAGAGGCUAG